AUGGGACUCUCCAUGUACAUUGGCCUCUGUUGCCUUGGAAUAUUGAUCACCAAUCCUUUUUUGGGAGCCAAGGCUGCGUUAUGCCCCAGAAACUGGUUGCAGAAACUGGGGAACUGCUACGGAUUUUUUGAUGAGGGACUAAGUUGGGAUAAUGCUGAGCUUGAGUGCCAGAGCCAUGGCCCAGGAUGUCACCUUGCCUCUAUCCUCAGCCCUCAAGAGUCCUCGCUGGUGUCUGCAUACAUCAAAGACCAACAGCAAUCAAAUAGACAUGUCUGGACCGGGCUCCGUGAUAUCUCUCGGAAAAGGCGAUGGAGAUGGGCUGAUGAAUCCACCUACAAUUACAAAGCCUGGGUAGCAAAUCAGCCAGACAACUUUAGGCAGAACGAGUACUGUGUGGAGCUGGUAAAUUAUUCAGGUUUUACAGGGUGGAAUGAUGAUGUUUGUGAAAAUCUAAAUGCUUACAUUUGCAAGUACCAACUGUAG